AGCGGAGCCGUUUAGGCCGACUUCCUCGGUCGUCAGUCGGGAGCUGCUCGCAGUGCGUAACGCCGUCAUGUCUGGUCGUGGCAAACAAGGAGGGAAAGCCCGCGCUAAGGCUAAGUCUCGCUCGUCCCGCGCUGGCCUCCAGUUCCCGGUGGGGCGUGUGCACCGUCUACUGCGCAAAGGCAACUACGCUGAGCGGGUAGGAGCCGGCGCGCCCGUGUACAUGGCGGCGGUACUAGAGUACCUGACCGCGGAAAUCUUGGAGCUGGCGGGUAACGCCGCCCGAGACAACAAGAAGACGCGUAUCAUCCCUCGCCACCUCCAGCUGGCCAUCCGCAACGACGAGGAGCUCAACAAGCUGCUGGGCAAAGUGACCAUCGCCCAGGGCGGCGUUUUGCCUAACAUCCAGGCCGUGCUGCUCCCUAAGAAGACGGAGAGCCACCACAAGGCAAAGGGCAAGUGAGGCCGUGCGUCCGGCGCCCACCCAGCCCCCCUUUCGAAGGGGCACCUGUGAAAUCAAAGGCUCUUUUCAGAGCCACCCACUC